AUGGAGAGCAAGUGCUUCACAGAGAUAUUUACAGGCUCAAAAAACUGUUUGAUUUCUUCAGAAUGCUUUCUUUCUACUUCACAACUAUUGGCAGAUGACAGUCCUCACAAUAUAUAUUUCUGUAUGGAAGAGCAUACUUGGAUGACCGUUGAUACGGGCGAGACCUCCGACAAGCAAAUACAACAUACAGGUCGCCCCAUUGUCAGAGGGCCACUGCGAGUGAUAAUGUCAAAGUAUUUUUUCCAACCGCGAAUUCACCAUUAUUUUCUAUUUGAUCUUCUAUUCGGGACUGGAUGUUGGCAUAUGCAGGGUAAUCUUAUGCUAGGGCUUAUGAUUGAACCUUGA